GCGCUGCCUUGUGCCGAGAGGCGCUUCGGCGUCGGGUGAGGCCCGGCUGAAUCGCGCAUGCGGCUGCCCGGGCUGCUGCCUUCUGCCUGCGUUACUGCCGCCGCCGCUGAAGUGGGGUUACGUUAGGACGCCGGCCGGCCGGCAGGCGACAGGCAAGCGGGCGGCGGGGGGUCUCCUUCCCUGAGGCGAUGGGCUCGGACUGGAGCAGCCCCGAGGAGCGGGAGCCCCUCUUGCAGCCUCCGCCGGCGCCCGCGGCGCUGCCCCAGCACUACCCUGCGCAUGGCCAGCCCCGGAGGACGGCAGCGGCCUCGCGGGCGGCGGCUCCCCGCAGCCCAGGGCUGGUCCCCGCGGCGCCUCCGCGCCCGCCGCCGCCUCCGCUGCCCGGCCGCGUGUACGGGCGGCGCUGGCUGGUGCUGCUGCUCUUCUCGCUGCUGGGCUUCGCGCAGGGCCUGGUGUGGAACACCUGGGGCCCCAUCCAGAACUCGGCCCGCCAGGCCUUCCCCUUCUCCAAGCUGGACAUCGCCCUGCUCGUCUUCUGGGGGCCCAUCGGCUUCGUGCCCUGCUUCUUCUUCAUGUGGCUCAUGGACAAGAAGGGCCUCAGGGUAACUAUGUUGCUGACAUCAUCCCUCAUGGUGGUAGGAGCUGGCCUGAGAUGUGUUCCUGUAUCAGACCAAGAAACAAGGAAAUGCAACCCACGGUUUCUGAUGAUUGCUCUAGCCUAUGCUAUACCAUUGGGUGUUUUCUCGGGAUGGUCUGGUGUUCUAGACUUGAUAUUAACCCCAAAGGACAUAAGCCAAGUGGAUGCAGGUUGGAUUGGAUUUUGGUCUAUUGUAGGAGGUUGUAUUGUUGGCAUAGCACUGGCAAGGUUUGCCGAUUUUAUCCGAGGAAUGCUGAAACUUAUACUGCUUCUGUUAUUGUCAGGAGCAACUUUGUCAUCCAUCUGGUUCACUUUGACGUGUUUAACAACUGUCAGUCAUCUUCCUUUAACUACAGCAACCUUGUAUACUUCUGGCAUCUUGUUUGGCGUCUUCUUGAACAGCAGCGUACCUAUUUUCUUUGAACUUUUUGUGGAAACUGUCUACCCUGUUCCAGAAGGGAUUACUUGCGGCGUGACCACUUUCCUAAGCAACAUGUUCAUGGGAGUUCUUUUAUUUUUUCUUACUUUCUACAAUAAAGAGUUCUCUUGGUUUAACUGGUGCCUCCCAGGCUCCUGUCUGCUAAGUCUUCUGCUCAUCCUGUGCUUCAGGGAAUCCUACGAUAGACUUUAUCUCGACGUCAUCGUCUCCGUUUGAUAGCACAAAACAGAAGGGAGCUCCAGAAGAGGAUGGAAGUUAGAACCCUGCUCUGCCUCUUUCCUUUGGAAAUUGAAAAGACCAAAGGUCAAAGCGAAAAAAAACCUAAGCAGUUUUAACAUUGACCUUUUAACUGAACUUACAAACUGGUUUUUAAAGUACACUUCCUAAUUUCAGAUUUUAUUAUCUUGAUAACGAUGGUGAGUGUUGUACUUGAAUGGGAAUUUGAAUAUUUUUUUAAAAGCACACACUCAGAAGAAUGUGCAUUAGGGAGAAGCUAUAGUUUAUUAACUGUGAGAUUUUUAUUUAAUAAGCUAUUUAACUGGGUAUACAGAUUUUGUGCCAACUCAAGCCAUUUACAAGAUAGAUACAAAAUGAAUAUCUUACUUAGGGUUUAAGGGAGGAACAUAUUCACCAUCACAAAAAAGUCUAUUUUUGCAGCCUAAAGAGUCUAGUAAGAAUUCUGAUGUUCCAAUAUUUUUCCUGCUUUUUAAACAAUAUACUAUCCUCCAUGGUGUAGUAUAUGAAAAGACAAGUGUCACUUUGAUGGCCAAAUAUUUGCAACGUAGUUAAUCAGGGCUGAAGAAGUUGUUCCCUCACUAUGAGUCCUCUAAGCUCUAUCAAAAUGAGAAUAGUAGGUAGAUAUGAAUUUAUCCUUCUAGGAUUUUAACUAUGACCAAAUAUUUAAAAUCCAUAUAAAUGUCUUGGCAUGCCCCUUGUACACUACAUUUAUUUUCUAAUGAAGCGAUUUCUAAUGUUUUCUAACCCCUCCCCUUCUUGACACAUUGAAGGGUCUUAUAUUAGUUGGUGCUAUAUAUUCAGUUAUGUUUAAAACAAAUAAUUGCCUUAGUAUAGGAAUGACAUCGGUUGUGAAGGUAUCAUGGGUCAGCACUACCUUUACUGGGAUAUUUUUAAUUCAUUUCUCUAUCCAAAUACUGCAAGCUGUCCUCCCAAUGUUUUAUCAAGCUGACGGAACAAAAUUUAUAGCUUUUCUGUGACAAGUCACGUGUGUUUUCAAGCUAGUUUACAAUUUAAAGAGUGCCUAUCAUGUGUGAUUUUGUUUUUAAACAGAUAUUCUGUGGUGGUACUUUCGGGUAACAAAAUUAAAUGGCAAAUCAAAUCGA